AUGUCAGAUGAUAAACUGAAGGAUCUAUUACGAUCCAUGGGAUCCAAACUACUGGGUGAUGAUGAUGAUUUAACAGAACGUAAAAGAAUUGUUUCAAAUGGAUCUCAAAGUAAUGCUAGUAAUGCAAGUAGUGAUGGUAGUGUUAUAGUUCAUAAAAAAUUUGAUCAAAAAUUAAAAGAUAUUCAAGAUGAAUAUGAAGAAGAUGAUGAAGAACAAGAACAAGAACAACCAUUAAGAAUUAAAACAAAAGCUAUUAUAGAUGAAGAAGAUGAAGAAGAUGAUUUUAAUGAUUACGUGAUAGAUUCUCCAUUACCACCACCAAAAGAUUUAGAUCCUGGUAAAUUAUAUGCAUUAUAUGAAUUUUCUGGUGAUGAUCCAUCUCAUUGUGAAUUAGAUCCUGAUGAUGCUGUGAUAUUAUUAAAUGAUCAAGAUAGUUAUUGGUGGUUAGUUAAAAAGGAAUUUGAUGGUAAAAUUGGAUUUGCACCUGCUGAAUGUCUUGAAACUUAUCAUGAAAGAUUAGCAAGAUUAAAUUGUUGGAAAAAUGAAAAUUUAGAAAAAAAUUCAAAAUCUUCAUUAGAAUUUUCUUCAUCAAGUUUAAAUUUUAAUAAGAAUAAUUCUUUAAAUGUAUCAAAAUCAGUUUCAUUUAGUGAAGAUGUAUUAAUAACUGAUGAGAAUUAUAAUAAGAAUGAAGAAACUGAUAAUGAAAGAGAAGAAGAUUAUGAAGAUCUUUAUGAAGAAGAACAAGAAAGUAAUUAUGAUGAUUAUGAUGAUGACUAUGAUUUUAUAAAUAAUAAAAAAAAUACAAAUGACCUUAAUGAAAAUUCAAAAAAUUAUUUAGAUACACCAUCAACUGAAAGAGAUGAAUUUGCUUCAGUUAGUGAUAAUUUCCCAAUAACUCCAUUAACAAUAAAUAAAAAACCUAAACCAAUAAAACAACAACAACAAAGACCAUUAAGUGGAAGUGAUUUUGAUGAUAGUCCAUUAGUUGCACCAACUGCUUUUUUUUCAGUUAAUAAUAAUACAUCAGGUUCUAUAGGUACUUAUUCCCCAAGUUCAUCAGAAUUUGAUUCACCAGGUAAUACACCACCUUUACAAAAUUUUAAAAAACCUUUAAGAAAUCAAAUCUUGGAAGAUUUUGAAAAAAAAGGAAAUAUACCACAAUCAAAAGGUACUACUGAUAUGUUUCAAAGUAUUAGGAUGCUUGAUGUUUUAAUGAAUGAUGAAUUAACUUCAUCAGAAGAUUUACAAUCUAACCCAAGAAAUUUAUCUCAAAAUGAUACUACUUUAACUUUUGAUGAUAAUGAUGAUGAUAAAUUAUCAUCACCAAUAAGUCUUGAUGAAGAAAAAAAAAAUCUUUCAAAUAUAACAAAUUCAACUUUUGUAAAUUCAAAUACUUCAUUACAUAUAACAAGUUCAAAUACAUCUAUUGAUAAUUAUGAAAAUGAAGAUUUUGAUUAUGAUGAUGAUUCAACUCAAAAGGAUUUAUCAUUUCAAAGUGAUGAAACCAGUUCCAAAAAUAAAAGAUUUUCAACACAUCCUGAAAUUGAAGAUAUUUUUAAAGAUUCUUUAACCAAAAUGGAUGAACUUGCUGAAAAAUUAAGAUUAUUAAAUGAACAAUUUAAUUGA